AUGCCCAAAAAGAAAGAGAAGAAGCCCGGAGAGAAAGAGAAAGAGCAAGAGAAAGAGGACGAAAAGAAGAAGACAGAGAGAAAGACGAGUCCCGGAGAAGAACCGGGUCCGGACCGGGCGGAGAGAGACCUGCUCCUGAUCCAGAUCACACAUCUGUCCGAGCAGCUGGACAGCUGCCAGCGGAGAUGUGAUGACCUGUGGCAGCAGAACCAGGCCCUGGCGUGCCAGCGCGGCGCUCUGGAGGAGGAGAAGCGGGACCUGGCGGCCUACCUGAAGCGCCUGCUGCUGCAGAAGGAGGCGGAGGCGGAGCAGCUGCUGGAGCGCCUGCAGGACCAGAGCCGGGCGGCGCAGCGGGACGGGGACGACCUGCGGCGGCAGCAGGACCUCCUCACGCAGGACAUGCAGCGCCGCGUGGACGCACUCCGCUCAGAGAACCGGUCACUGGCGGAGACGCUGGCCGGUCUGCAGCAGUUCCAGGAGCAGAGGGAGGAGUUGAUGGGUCGGGUGGAGUCGAUGGAGAAGCAGCUGGCCAGUCAGAAGGUGGAGCACAGAGACGACGUUCACAGUGUGGAGAUGAAAGCACUGAUGGAGAAGAGGAGACUGGAGAGACAGCUGGAGCUCCACAUGACGGCCAUGGCUGCAGAGGUGCAGCAGCAGGUGGAGCAGAAGGUUCCGGAGAGCACCAGGCUGGCCCUGCAGGAGAACCUGGAGGUGAAGGAGCGCCUCGGCCGGCUGUCCCAGCACGUGCAGGUCCUGACGGAGGAGAACGCCGCCCUACGGGACGGGAGGCGCCGGCUCAGCGUGGACCUGGAGGUUCUGGAGCAGAUGCUCAGCGAGACGACUCGAACCAGCUGCAUCCGCAAGAAGGUGGUGGAGCAGCUCACAGAGAAGUGUCGGCAGCUGCAGGCGGAGCAGGAAGUCUGGAAGCAGCAGACAGAGCAGGUCCAGAGCAGGAGGGCGGAGCUGCAGGCGGAGACAGAGGAGCUCAGGCGGGAGCAGGCGUCUCUCACCGAGCAGCGCCGGGCAGACGGAGACCGCAUGAGGCGGCUGGAGGCGGAGCUUGAGGAGGCGAGGGGGCGGAGCUUCAGGAUGAAGAGCGUGACGGAGGAGGCCGCUCUCGGGCUGCAGCACGCCCUGACGGCGCCUCCCGGUCCGGACUGCAGCCCGGACUCGCUGCUCGGGUGGAAGCAGCUGAUGCUGAAGCUGCUGGAGGUCCUGCUCAGACGCCUUCGCUCCACCGCAGAGGACAGUCAGCCUGCGGUGGCUCGGGCUGCUGGCGAGCUUCUGCUCCAUUCAACCACCAAACACGAGGAGACGGCGCCACAGAGAGGAAGUGGUCUGAGCAAGACCAGGACCAGGACCAGCAUGAAGACCGGGACCGGGACCAGCAUGGCUCAGCCCGGGUUGGUCAGAAAUACCAAACCCUGA